UUAACUCAAUUUUUGCUUUCAAUAUAGAAUUUCAAAUUUAACCAAAAAUUUGCCCCCUUUCUUUUACACUAAUUGUCCAAUUCUAAUGGCUGGUAGAGGAAAAACCCUAGGGUCAGGUGCUGCAAAAAAGGCUACAUCUCGUAGUAGUAAAGCGGGUCUUCAAUUUCCAGUUGGUCGUAUUGCUCGUUUCCUUAAAGCCGGUAAAUAUGCUGAACGUGUUGGUGCUGGUGCUCCGGUGUACCUUGCUGCUGUUCUGGAGUACCUUGCUGCUGAGGUUCUUGAAUUGGCUGGAAAUGCAGCAAGGGACAACAAGAAGACUAGGAUUGUGCCGAGGCAUAUUCAAUUGGCAGUGAGGAACGAUGAAGAACUGAGCAAACUGCUCGGAGAUGUUACAAUUGCUAAUGGAGGUGUGAUGCCCAACAUUCACAACCUUUUGCUUCCAAAGAAAGCUGGUGGUUCCUCAAAGCCCUCUGCUGAUGAAGAUUAAAAAAGCCUUAGAAAUGGUUUCGUAGUGUAGUAACUGUAUUGUUCUUUAAUAGAGUUAAGGUUUUCCUAGUGUUUUCAAAGUAGUUUAGUAAUUAGGGGUUAUGUUUGAUUUGUGUAUACAAAUGCUGAAGCAAUGAAUGAAAGACCAAUGUCUAUUAUUUUUUAAUUUUCCA